AUGAACAUUGAGAGAGAAGCUGCAGUGACAAUCAUGAAUAGAGUAAGAGAUUUGGCAUCAAACAAGGCUGCUGUGAUAUUCAUCAAGAGCUCGUGUUGCAUGUGCCACAGCAUUAAGCAACUGUUCUACGAGUUAGGAGUGAGCUUGGCAGUGCACGAGCUCGACAUAGAUGCAUAUGGGAGAGAAAUGGCGAGGGCUUUGAGAGGCAUGGGCUGCAACCCUUCUGUUCUAGCAAUGUUCUUCGGAGGAAAAUUUGUGGGCUCAGUUAAAGAUAUCAUAUCCCUCCACGUCGAUGGCUCUCUCAAACAGCUUCAAAACCUUCUCUCUACCCAACUUGAUAACUCUACAAAGUUUCAGCAGUGCAUGAGCUCGACACAGAAGCCGGAGGUGGGCAAUUUGGGGUCAUCUUGA